AAAUAAUGACACCAAGUAAAUAGUUUUUAAGGUGAAAUAUAAUGACAAAAUCAAAAAUAGUAAAAACUGGCCAAUUAUACCCGGGAAUAUCGGAUUUCACAACAAACCUAAAUAUCCCUGACAUCCCACCUUCAAACACAGCCUCAUUUGGCCAUCCAUGAAAAAGCUACUUAACCUCCCACUUUCCUAUAGGAAUACAUGUUUCCUACAGGCACUGCACUAGUUAGAAUUAAUUCCUGGUUGCAAGUUGUUUGUUUUUAUUAUAAAAAAUAAACUGAAAGUGAAAAGUGGCUUAUGUCAUCCCGGUCUCCCCUCCUCCUCAAGACCUGUAAACACACUUCAAUCAGCAAAAUCAGUGGCGUCACCCUUUAACAUCUCCCACAGCCCGAGGAGAUAUAUUCAAAUAGACAUGAAAAUUAACUACAUUAAUAACAUCGAAUAUUUAAAUAAGCGCAGACAGGGUUCCUGUUGAUCAACUAAUUGCUUAGUCCAAUGAUCGUUUGGUAAACUGCAGCCAGACGUCUUUGACUGGCUGGAGGCAGCAGCCACAUUCCAGCCUGGCAUCCCUCCUGCUGUAUAGUGCUGGAACAUAAACAGGCUGCGGGGGUGAGCAGCUCUCUCCAUGAUCACGUCUCAGCCUUGGAGACGGACCUCCUUCAGACUCCAGCUGUUGGGUCCAGCGGCGGCAGCAGCCAAUGACGUUCCGACGAAAUUCACUUGAAAUCCGUGCGUGUGGGGGGCGCGCGUCUGGGCGCACGCCUCUUACGCGCUCGCGCUUUACUUAACCGGGCGGCUCCUCGACCAGCAGCUGACCCUGAGAGCGCACUGAUGUGGGAACUGUGCGACUGAGAUGAUUGUCUAAAGUUUACGGUCUCUGGAAAACCGGGUGAGUUUCCUGCAAUCUUCGGACUCGGAAUUUUUGCGUCCUGCGUGCAGGAACCAUGGCGAUGAUUUCAGGGUUCAUCUUUCUGUGCAUGCUCCACGCUGCAGUCCCUCAGUUUUAUGGACCCAGGCCGAUACCUGGACGAGGUGACAGUCCAAUGGCAACUGAAGCUCCACCACCAGAUAAUCAAGGUUGUUCGACCGAGAUAAUCGAUUGCCCCAUCAAGCUGUUUUUCGCCAUCGACACCUCAGAGACCAUCGCCUUACAGGAGUCUCCACCAGGCGUCCUGGUGGAAAACAUCAAGGAGUUUACCAAGAUGUUUGCCCAAAGUCUAAAGGAUGAGGUAUACAAUGGCCAAGUCCGGUUGAGCUGGUCCGUGGGAGGCCUGAACUACUCUGAGGAGAGUUUUGUGUUCAGCCGGUUCACAACCAAGGAGAACUUCAUCAGGCAACUCGGUGGGAUUAUUUACUCAGGCAAAGGCACUUACACCGACUGCGCCCUCAAAAACAUGACGUACGAAGUGACCCAGCACUACGCGGCGACGAAGGCCGUCCCUUUCUCCGUGUUCAUCACUGACGGACAUGUGACACGAAAUCCAUGUGGUGGGAUGAAGGUGAAUGCGGAGAGGGCACGGGAGCAAGGGAUCAACAUGUUUGCAGUGGCAGCAACCAGGACCAUCGAUGAAUUAGGAAUGAGGGAGAUCGCCAGCACUCCCCAUGAACUGUACCGUGAUGAUUACAUGGCUGUGGAGAUUGUUGGAGGACGACCAAAAAUACAGACCAGAACCAUAGAACGCAUCAUAAAUGCCAUGAAAUUUCAAGCCAGUGUACUGUGUUUUCAACGUAAACCCAAAUGUGUGGAGAAAUCUGGGCCUCAUGGACCAAAAGGGCAACCAGGUCAAAAAGGUAUGAAAGGAGACAGAGGUAAAGUUGGAGCAAAGGGCCAAAAGGGAAGAGCGGGUGAUCCUGGCAUUGAAGGUCCGAUCGGCCCAGCUGGUCCAAAGGGAGAAAUAGGUGCUAAAGGUGAUAAGGGUGAAUAUGGAUCACUUGGAGCAAAGGGUGUGGCAGGAGAACACGGCGCGAACGCAACUGAUGGUCAGAAGGGUAAAAUUGGGCGAAUUGGAGCUCCUGGUUGCAAAGGUGAUCCUGGUGAUGGCGGACCAGAUGGUUAUCCUGGAAAUGUUGGUGAACCUGGGCAACCUGGAGACAUAGGAGAAAAGGGUUAUCCAGGCCGCGAUGGAAGGAAUGGUCCCCCCGGCCCUAUUGGUGGUCCAGGACCAAAGGGAGAAAUUGGAUAUCCUGGAAACCCAGGGCUGACGGGAGUAAAGGGCUCUCCGGGGACUAAUGGUGGACCUGGACCGAAAGGCGAAAGGGGAAGGAGAGGAGACCCUGGAACGAAAGGAGGCCAAGGUCCUGAUGGGCAAAAAGGAGACAAGGGGGACCGAGGGCCACAGGGAGGCAGAGGUCGGCCCGGGGAAGACGGACUUAAGGGCUCCAAGGGAACCCCAGGACUACCAGGGCCGAGAGGUUCGCCAGGAGAACCAGGGGGCCCCGGCGGAAAUGGCACCAUAGGAAGUCCUGGAGACCCUGGACCAAGAGGAGACUCUGGACUGCCGGGACCAAAGGGUGACAGGGGGAGACCAGGAUUCGGCUAUGCUGGACCAAGAGGAGCCACUGGAGAUAGAGGUGAUCCAGGUAGACCAGGACCCAGGGGGGGCAGAGGUGAAUGUGGUAUGAAAGGAGAACCUGGACCUAAAGGACCUCCAGGAACCAAAGGUGAUCCAGGUCCGCCAGGGCAUCCAGGACGUAGAGGGCCCAGAGGGGGUCCUGGAGUUGAUGGGAGCCCAGGACCAGAGGGCGAUGCUGGGCUAAGUGAGUGUGACGUCAUGAGUUACAUCAGGGAGACGUGCGGAUGUUGUGAUUGUGAGAAGCACUGUGGUGCUGUGGACAUCGUGUUUGUUAUUGACAGCUCAGAGAGUGUCGGGAUGACAAACUUCACCCUGGAGCAGAACUUUGUCAUCAAUUCAAUCAACCAACUGGGAUCUCUGGCCAGCGACCCCAUGUCAACAACAGGGACAAGAGUCGGCGUUGUACAGUACAGUCACAACGGGACCUUCGAGGCCAUCCGUAUCAACGACCCGAACAUAAACUCCAUGUCUGCCUUCAAAACGGCGGUGAAGAAUCUGCAGUGGAUCGCUGGAGGCACCUUCACACCCUCAGCCCUCAAGUAUACCUACGAUACCCUUAUCAAGGGCACCAGGAGGGCCAACGCCAGAGUGUCUGUGGUGGUGAUCACAGACGGCCGCUAUGACAAGCGCGAUGACGAUAAUCUUCUCACAGUCCUUUGCGACGACGACGACGUGGGGGUGACCGCCAUUGGGGUUGGUGACAUGUUCCACAAGAGAGAGGAGGAUGAGACUCUGAUUUCGAUAGCGUGCAACAAGAAGGAUCGUGUCAUUCCGAUGAAGCGUUACAGUGACUUGGUGGCUGAUGAGUUUAUAGAAAGGAUGGAGAAGGUGCUCUGUCCUGAUCCAGUGAUUGUGUGCCCCGAACUUCCCUGUCAGAUUGAACCGGAUGUAGCUCCUUGUGUCCAUCGGCCGGUGGAGUUGGUAUUUCUACUGGAUGGCUCAGAGCGUCUCGGGCCGAGGAACUUCCAGCAUGUCCGUGAGUUUUUGACGAAGGUGGCAUUCAGACUGGGACUGGCCAAGAGCAAAAAUGAUCACAUGCGAGCUCGUCUGGCGCUGAUGCAGUUCGGUAAGGAGAACGAGAACAACGUGGCCUUCGCUCUCACACAUGACAGUGCCGUCAUCGCUGAGGGAGUCGCUCGCUUGCAGUAUAUGGAUUCUUCCUCAAGCAUUGGGCCUGCCAUCAUCUACGCCAUCAACAACAUCUUGGGCAGAGGAAAUGCUCGUCAGACGAGACGCAAUGCGGAGUUUUCGUUUGUCUUCAUCACAGACGGCUACACUGACACCAAGAACCUGGAGGAGGCAGUUAGUGCCAUGCGCAACGCACAGGUCGUCUCCACAGUGUUAGCCACGGGAAGUGACAUUGACGAAACUGUCCUGAAGAAGCUGGCCAUGGGUGACAGGGACGCCAUCUUUAAAGGAAAAGACUUCUCUGAGUUCACCAAGUCCAGGAUGUUUGACCGCUUCAUCCAGUGGGUAUGUUGAAGACACCGCACGGAUGUGAACCGGUGCUACUACUGUUAAUCAAGCAUUUUAAUCAGGAGAUCCUGGUUCAUUAUAGUCAUUUUCACAUGUAAAGAAUCAGGUCCAAAGAUUGUUCGGUGCUGCCCUUUCACACAUGUAUCACACAACAGGAGGUUGUUCCCGUCAGUCGCGUAAUCAUCUACUGGAAAAUACUGUUUUGUUUGGGCUAGAGGUGGUGCCUGAUAGAGUGAUGAAUACUGGUUUUGCAUUGAUAUCAGUACUACUUGUAUUUGGACAAAUCCACAAUAUGAGUGAUAGUGGAAAGCAAUAAACAAGCAAGGAGAAAAGAGGAGGCAGGAAAACACAACAAAGAGCGUGCUUUAAUAAACUAAAGCUGUAAUCCAAAUAACCCAAAAGAAGGGAAGGCACAAAAAGCAAUGUGGUAGGAAAAGGGAGAACACAGGCUUAAAAACACGACGGUGAAUGAAAAAGUGAAACACAGGUGUGGGUGAAGGGUGGGAAAAGUACAAAGACAGGGAGCAGAAUGUCCAAAGACACAUGGGGAUAUAAUCUACACAAGAAAAAAGGUAACGACUGACCCAAACAUGACCAAAAAAAAAAAAAAAAGCAGCUACAUUCCACGCAUCGUUGUCAUCGUCAUCAUGCCUUGUCUCGCACUGAAAGUCCUCCAUACAGUGACCUGCUUUAUUCACACCUGGCGUCAACUGGAGCUGCCAGCGUAAUGUAAUCUACUGUUCAGCCAACAGAUUCUGACUGGCGUUCACACAUACAGCACCUUCAGGUAAUGUCAGGACAACUUCAGGGUAGCAGUACACGUGUGAAAGGGCCUGAUGGUUCUAGUAGGCAUUAUGAAAUUUGCAAAUUAAAUCGUAACAUUGUGCUUUACUUGUCA